CGUGCGCGUUCGUUCAUGACUACCAGUCGACACCGGUGGGAGGUCAGUCUCUUUCGCGGCGAGGCGCACGCGUCAAACGUAUAACGCAACAACGUUUCUCUUCAUCCUUUUCUAAUCUCAUACUCCGUUCUUCCUUCUCCGAUUCUCUUUAGCUCCCUCUUCUUCGUUAUCACUUCACUUGACAAUGACGAAGAUUCAUCGUAACGCGGUGCAUCAUCAAAGUGCAUAAACGACGUGGAUGAAGUUGUUUACGCGCGUAAUAAUUCAAUCGUGAAUACUAGAAAUUGCAUCGUUCGAUUGAUCGAAUGGAUCGUUCGAUCCUAGAAGAAAAGUGAAAGUUCAUUGAUUUUCAUUCGAUAUCGAGAUAAUUAUGAAAUAGAUAAUAAUUGAAGGAAAGGGGAAAAAAUAUCAAAAGAAGUUAAUGAACGUAGAUGAAAAAGGAUAGAAGAGAGAUGUAUCUAGGUCGCACAUAUUCUACACGAUCUAACAUGAAAGUUUUCAUCGAUCAUUCACUUUAGAAGGUUCUUCAUAUAUAUCGUGGAAAAGGAGUUAGUUAUAUAUCUUACUGUUUGUAAAAUCUUUUUCUUAAAUACGAGCAAUAGACACGCAAAGGAUGUAAUCAAAACGAUGAAAGAGCUCUGAUCAAUUCUCGUUCAUUCGUAUGUGAUAAGAACGAUACGAAUUGAUUAAACGCGAGAAGUAUAUUUUACUCUUUCUUACAAAGAGAAUCGUAUAUCGAUAAACUUUUCUUUUGUCUCUUUUGUAAAUGUUUAUACGCGUUUAUACAUCGUAUACGUCUAUUCUAUCGAUAUUUAAGAUAACUCGUAAUUUAAACCACAGUAUCAUGUGCGGUCGGAUCGAUUAUAAACGUUUCUAUGAGAAGAGUGUCAGAUCAAUAUAUCAUCACUCAUUAAAAGUGAAUGUACGCAAGUAAGCGCGUGGCUCUCAACGACAAACGAGUCAACGACUUACCCACCGGCCACUUCGUAAAAUUUUUUUCCACCAAUCCAAAUACGUUUGCAUAUUCGUAUGUUGUUGGAAUGCAAAAAGUGCAAUCGAGCAUUCUUAUUCUAUUAAACGAGAUUACGUAGACAACGAACUUUCAUAACGAAUCGAAAAAAAGUUUUACGAAACACACACACACACACACAUACAUAUAUAUAUAUAUAUAUAUUGUUUUGCAAGUAAAUAAAAACGUUUAAUCGACAUCAAAGAAACAAAGAUAGUAAAGAUGUUGGAGCUAUUAAAACAACUUUUAGAUCCUUUCCUUUUAACUGGCCUAUUUUUCGGCAUUUUGUACUUUUAUUUUACGGCGACUUUUAAUUAUUGGGAAAACCUUUGUGUACCAUUCAAGAAACCAACCGUUUUGGUCGGUAAUUUUGGAUCCUUGUUAUUAUUUCGAAAAUCUCAGCCAGAAGGAGUGAAGGAAAUGUACGAGUGGUUCAAGAACGAAAGAUUCUUUGGGGUUUUUCGUGUUAGAUCACCGAUUUUAAUACUAAGGGAUCCUGAUCUUGUCAAGAGCAUUUGCGUUAAGGAUUUCGUUUGUUUUGGAAACCGUGGCAUACCAACUAAUAAUUCCCAGGAUCCAUUGUCAGGACAUCUUUUCAAUUUGGAAGGAAGAAAGUGGAAGGGUCUGAGGUCUAAGUUAACGCCAACUUUUUCCUCGGGCAAACUAAAACGAAUGUUUUAUUUAUUAGCCGAGUGUUCCGAAGAAUUUCGAAAACUCAUCAAUAAAGCUUCCGAAGGAAAAACAGCUGUGGAGGUUCGUGAGCUAGCAGCAAAAUUUACGAUCGACGUCAUUGGUAGUUGUGCUUUCGGCAUACAAAUAAAUGCUUUGACCGAUGAAGACUCCGAAUUCCAUAGGGCUGCAAAGAAACUCUCAAGGCCAAGUUACAAAGCGACGUUGUGGAGGAUGCUUCGUACAGCCAUGCCUAAGAUCUAUAAGUUUCUAGGCGUUCAGGUCAUCGAUCCUGAGGUUACUAUGUUUUUCAAGAACGUCGUGUCGCAGAUGAUCAAGCAACGAGAGAGCUGCGACCAAAGGAGACACGAUUUUAUGGAUCUUUUAGUGGAACUGAAGAACAAAGGAAGCUUGGAAAACGACAUAGGAUCGAUAUCGCAAGCAUUGAACGAAGAGGACGUUCAAGCCGCAAAGGAAAUUGAGCUCGAUGAAAAUUCCAUCGCGGCCCAGGCCUUCGUUUUCUUCGCGGCCGGUUACGAAACUUCGUCCAACACAAUAGCGUUCUGUCUGCACGAAUUGGCAUUAAAUGAAGAAAUUCAGGAGAAGACUAGGCGAGAUAUCAACGACUCCAUAACGAAACGAGAUGGGAAAUUAACUUACGAUGCCGUUCAGGAUAUGAAAUAUCUCGACUUGGUGAUAUUAGAAACUCUCAGAAAAUAUCCACCAGCUCCGUUACUCUCUCGAAGAUGCGAAUACAAAUAUCAAAUACCUGGAAGCAACGUCGAACUACCAGCUGGAAUGCGAGUUGUCAUACCAAUUUACGGUCUCCAUCAUGAUCCGGAUCAUUAUCCAGAUCCUGAGGCAUUUAAUCCUGACAGAUUUAUGGAUGAUAACAAACGAACGAGACAUCCAUAUACUUAUCUUCCUUUUGGAGAAGGGCCACGCGCUUGUAUAGGAAUCCGAUUCGCACUGCUGCAAAUUAAAAUUGGAAUAAUUUCCUUCUUGAGAAGUCAUGCGGUUCAGGUUUCCAAUAAAACGGUUCAUCCUAUUAAAUUCAGCAGGCGAAGCCUUGUUACGACGAGCGAAGAUGGAUUUUGGCUUAAUAUUAUUACUUCAGAAUCUGACAAUUCUUAAAAUAUUUUCAAUCAUUAGAAUUUAAUGUACUUAACGUUCUUUGUUUUUUUCUUUUUUUUUUUUUAUUUAUUUAUCAUUUUCUUUUUUUUUUUUUUUUUUUUUUUUUGUUUUUUUAUAAAGAUCAUCGCACUUUGCUAAAUUUCUAAGUCAUUCUCCAUAUAGAAAUAGACUGAUAUACUUGAAAUUUUACUUGGUAUUAUUAAAAUUAAAAAUAUAAUUGAUAAAGAUCUUUAAAUAGAAUAGAUAAGAAAAUACACGUUCUUUUAUUUUUAUACGUUUUCUAUUUUUUUUUUUUUUUUUUUUUUGCAAUAAUAACGGCUUUGAUCAUUUUACAAAAGUCAAGUCCUUUCGAAAGAUUUUCUAUGCAAUUGCAAUUACUGUAUUACCCCAUUAUUUAUCAUACAUCUCUAUUAAUUAAAUAAAAAGUAAUAAUAAAUUAUAUAAGUGUUCA